UCGAAUCCUCCAGUGUAGAAUCAUACGCGCCACCGCACACGAAACCCCGCAACACCUGUAAAGAAAUAAAAACCAAAGCAACCGCAGACCACAACCAUAACGCCACCGUGUUCUCCACGAAUCAGGCACUAUUCUCACCGUCGAAUACCUUAAAAUUAACGUCAUUUUUACGCAACUGUCCUCAAUUAGUUCCUAAUUAAAAUAAGGAACCCACAAAAUCCAAAUCACAUACUUGCUUUUUGUUUCUAUUCACUCCACAAACCCAAAACGUCACCGAUCCGAAAUGGCUUUAAUCAGCGACGCAUUACGGCAAGCUUUCAUGCCGAAACACGAAUACGAAUCUCUUCGCGAAGAAGACAGAGCAUGGGUGAAAUUACAGCGACCAUUAUGGAUUUCUACAGUGGGAACUAUUUGCUUAGUGAUUUUUGUUUCGACGACUGUGAGUUUAAAAAUCGUGUUUCCUGGCGAUAAUGGGAAGAGACCGUUUUGCAACGGUAACAGAUUACAGCCAUUGCCGAUAAAAAAUGGCGGGGAUUCGGAUUUGUUUCCUGGUGCCUUUUAUUUAACGGAUCAGGAGACUGUUGAUUAUUAUUGGAUGGUUGUUUUUGUUCCGUCAAUGAUUGUUUUCCUGGCUUCGCUUGCCUAUCUUGUUGCAGGGAUGAAUGUUGCUUAUUCUACUCCAGCAAGACAUGGAUGCUUAAAGGUGGUUGAAAAUAGUUACUGUGCUUCAAAAAGGGGUGGGGUGCGAUGUCUGUCCAUUUUGAAUAGUGUCUUUGCCAUUAUCUUCGGUCUCCUUGCACUGUUUCUUGGUUCAAGCCUCCUGACACUGGGGAGCAGUUGCUCAUUGCCUUUGUUUUGGUGCUAUGAGAUUGCAACAUGGGGGCUAGUCAUUUUAUAUGCAGUAACUGCCAUCUUUUUAAGAAGGAAAGCUGCUCUGAUUCUUGAUGAGAGUGAUUUUGGUGGUCGAAACCUGGGUCUGGAAAUGUUGGAAGCUCACAACAUGGUGGUCACUCCAGAUCUAGAAAGACGAGUUAAUGAAGGUUUCAAGACUUGGAUGGGGUCGUCCCUCCUAUCUUCUGAUGAAGAAGACGAACCUGACAAUUAUUCAGAAUCACCUCAAAUUACUCGCACUUCUUCUAACAGACAAAGAAUAUGAUCCUUAAGUCAAGUGGCAUGUGUAGCUUUUUUGCAGAGUUUUCUCAAGUCCAGCAUCGAGGCCGGAUGGAGCUUGUCAUGUUAACUGAUGGUUAUCAGAAGCCAGUUUAGCAGCUGACACUGUAAUGAGACGAACAGUGAGUGCAUGGCUUUGAUGAUGAUGUCCAUGUGACUAUACCCUCUGUUGCACUUUUGGCCUCUGAGGUAGUCAUCGUAGAUAUGUAGGUUGUAAAUAAUUCAAUGUUGAUUUCACUUUUUAUGUUGGGCUCCAGAGUUAAUGAAAAAGCAAGCAUUUACAUUCCA